AUGGAUAAAACCUGGAUUCUAAAGCCACGAAAUAGUGUAGAAUAUAGGCGAGAACUUAACAAGUUCCUAGACUUUGUAUUUGCGAAUGCAUCGUCCGAUGGCAUGAUAAAGUGUCUAUAUCCUCAAUGUGGGUUUCAAUAUAUGCAAACAAGAGAGGAUGCAUACGACCAUCGGUUGAUAAGGCCCUUUCCCCCUGGAUAUACUAUGUGGUUGCAUCAUGGUGAAAAACCAGAUGAAGAUAGCUCAAGUUCCACACUAGUGGUUGAAAAACCUACAUCUGAAGUGAAUCCAUAUGUACAAAUGGUGCACAAGGCAUUUAACUUCACAAUGCCUCAUGGAAGCGAGGAGACCACAAUGGGUGAACAUGUAGAAGACGAUGAUCUGGAGUUGCCAUACUUGUACGAUGGUCCAAGUCACGAGGCCCAGGAUUUUAUCGACCUUCUUGCGGAUGGAGAGGAGGAGUUAUAUCUGAGUUGCUCAAAAUACUCAAAGUUGUCUUUCUUGGUGAAGCUUUAUCAUAUUAAAUGUCUGUGCAGUGUGAGUGACAAGGCUAUGUCAAUGAUUCUGGACUUACUGCAGGAUGCAUUUGAGGAAGCAAAACUCCUGUCCACAUUAUAUGAAGCCAAAAAGACUAUCAGAAAGUUAGGGAUUGAAUACAAAAAAGAGUUGCAUGACCGAAUGAUUGCAUGCUAUAUCAGGCAAACAUCAUCUGACAUGUUAUGGCAUAAAGAGGCUGGUAAUAACGAUGAGUUCUUGAGGCAUCCGAGGGACGCUAAAGCAUGGAAAAGUUUUGAUCUUUGCAUGAAACAGACUUUUUUUAUUCUAUCUAUGAUUAUUCCUGGUCCCAAAAUGCCUGGUAAUGACAUAGAUGUUUAUUUGGAGCCCUUGGUUGAUGAGUUGAAGCAACUGUGGGAUGGCAUUGAAACUUAUGAUGCUAACAAGGGAAACACUUUCAAUAUGCACGUGGCAUUAAUGUGGACUAUCAGCGACUUCUCGGGGUUGGAAAAUUUAUCUGGGUGGAAUACGCACAGUGAAUUAGCAUGUCCUAUGUGUAACGUAGACGCUAAGGGCCAUAAGUAUAGACUAGACCGGAAUAGAUUUGACGGACAAGUCAAAAGCAGAGAUCCACCGAAGAAAUUAUUUGGAACAGAUGUCUUGAGGCAACAGUCUAACGUAUUGGUUUCAUUUGUGAAACAGUCAACUGUGACAACAAAAAAAAGACGAAAUGGUCAAGAUGCAGAUCAAGAUGACUCGCCCUAG